AUAGCUGCAGUAUCAUCGUCAUCCUCGUCAAACAAACAAACACCAUCUAUCCAUGGGAAGCAGCAUCAAAGCUUUGCAUUUGCUGAAACCAGCCACUGAUUCUUUCUUCUUCAGUUUCACUAAAAAUGGCAUUUCCUCAUUACCACUGUCUAUUAAGCAGCGAAGAAGCUACUCUAUGAAAUCGAGUGUUCUAGAGCCUCCCGAUGUUCCUCGUUUGGCUGAAACUGCUCGAAUUUCACUCAUCCCUCAACAAGUUGAAGAAUUUGCUCCCAAAAUUCGACAAGUUAUAGAUUGGUUUGGACAACUUCAAGCUGUUGAUCUGCAGAGUAUCGAGCCAGCCUUAAGGGCAGAUACUGAGGGAGAUAAUUUGCGCGAUGAUGUACCUGAAAAGUUUGAGAAUAGGGAAGCAUUGAUUUCUGUUGUGCCAAGCUUUGAGGAGCCUUACAUCAAAGUUCCCAAAGUGUUGAAUAAGGAGUAAUAUUAUUUAGGUAAUAUUACAUUUUACUUUCACGGAAAGACCAUGAUUUUUUGUUGAUGUAUUUUGAUUAGAAGAAAGACUAGAAUUCAUCCCUCCAAAAUCUUUUCCCAGAUGUAUUUAGAUUAGAUGCAAAUGAACUCUUUCUUUUUCAUGUUGCAUAGUUAGUGUCUUACUGCUGUUAUCUCUAUUCAGUUGCUCUAUUGCUCAUCUAGAAAGUGCACAA